GUGACUGGUUGGCGCGAUAAUCCUGUCUGAGUGAUUUGUCUUCAUGAUAGAGUUUAAGGAAGUUUGAUAGAGAGCUAUCUGUGUUUGUGAGAGUUUAAAAUGUCCAAAGUCCAAACAAUGAGAGGUUUAGUGAAGCAGAGACUGACUGCAGCUGCUGAAGAGAUAUUUGAGCUGUUUCAUAGAACGAUAGCAGAGUACGAGGAGCAACUUAGGGGAUCAGCAGAGGAGAACCGGCGACAACAGAAACUACUGGACGCUGUUUACAACCCGGAAGUCCGUUUACACAGAGCAGUGUUUCCUGCAGACGUCCAGCAGCUGUUGGAGAGUAAAGAAGAGGUUCCCUCUGAGCAGCAGGAGAGGACCUCCAGUCCAGACCAGGAGGACCCACCAGAACCACCACACAAUAAAGAGGAACAGGAGGAACUGUGGAUCAGUAAGGAGGGAGACCAGCUUCAAAGACUGGAGGAGGCUGAGACCACCAAGGUCACAUUGACUCCUGUCCCUGUGAAGAGUGAAGAUGAUGAUGAUGAAGAGGAACCUCAGUCCUCACAGCUGUCUCAAGUACAAACUGAACAGAUGGAGACAGGAGCUGAUGGAGAGGACCAUGGAGGACCAGGACCAGACAGGAGCGGGGAUCCAGAUAGUAAGGUCACGACAGAAGAGUCUUCUGAAGCUGAGACUGAAGACAGUGAUGAUUGGGGAGAGAUGACAGAACAUCAGUCAGGGUUAGACUCUGUGAAGCAGGUAAAUAACAAAAUAAAAAAGACGAAGAAGAAACCACACAGCUGCUCUGAGUGUGGGAAAUGUUUUAACGAGAAAGGGAAUCUUUCUAGACACAUGAGGGUUCACAAGUCAGAGAAACCCUUCAGCUGCUCUCAGUGUGGGAAAAGGUUUACUCACGAGGACUAUCUGAGGAAACACAUGAAAAUUCACAAAAAAGAGAAACCCUUCAGCUGCUCCGAGUGUGGGAAACGUUUUACUCACAAGGAAUGUCUGACGUCACACCUGAAAAUUCACAUGGGAGAGAAACCCUUCAGCUGUUCUCAGUGCGGUAGGAGAUUUCUCGAGAAACGAGAUCUACAAAGACACACAGCAGUUCACAAGAAAGAAAAACCCUUCAGCUGCUCCCAGUGUGGGAAACACUUUUCUCAAGAGAGAUAUCUGCAGUUCCACAUGAAAGGUCACGCAGGAGAGAGACCCUUCAGCUGCUCCGAGUGCGGGAACGCAUUCUUUCACAAAAUGCAUCUGAUAGCUCACAGCAGGAUCCACAAGAGAGAGAAACCCGUCAGCUGCUCUGUGUGUGAGAAAACAUUUAUAGACAAUUGGAAGCUGAGCAGACACAUGCGUCUUCACAGGGAAGAGAAACCCUUCAGCUGCUCUGUGUGUAAGAAAAGAUAUAGCUACAACCAAGGUCUGCGCAGACACAUGAAAGUUCACUCCGAAGAGAAACCCUUCAGCUGCUCUGUGUGUAAGAAAAGCUAUAGCUACAACAAAGGUCUGCGCAGACACAUGAAAGUUCACUCCGGAGAGAAACCGUCGAGCUGAUCUGAGCGUGCAUAAAGAUUUACUCUUCAAGGAAAUCUGAUCCUGUUGGUUCACAGAGGAGAGUAAGCUAGUUCUGACAGCCACAUGGUUUGUUAGGGACAAACCUUAGAGCUGCAGUGUUUGUAGGGCUGGGUAUUGUUCAAAAAUGUUCUAUACCGGUACCGAUACCUUCAUUUCAAUACCGGUUCCUUAACGAUACUUUUUUUGAUACCAACUUUAUAAAAUCAAUUGUAACAAAAAGAAAAUCACAUUAUCAAUAAAUGUUGAGUUUUAUUGUUCAGCUGUUAUUCUUAGGGAUGGGUACCUUUCACAUCUGAACCAAUACGGUACUGAUACCUGACUGACUUUCGGUCGGUACCUAUAAAAGUACUGAAUUCGAUACCCAUCCCUAAGUGUUUGUGACGGACGACUCUCUUGGUAUAAACAGUUAAACACAAGUGAGUCAGAGUCUCUAAAGGUUAUCCCCAGAGAUGUUAGGUACAGCUGAGGUCAAGAUUAUUAUUCUGGAACAUUUUCCUAGUCGUACCUAAAAUCUCUAAAAGUAGUAUGGGAGGUAGAACCUUCAGUUAUCAGGCCCCUCUCCUUUCAUAUCAUCUACCA